GUGCACGUGGUGAUUACUAUAACAAAAGAAAAAAAAAACAAAAAAACCACAACACUGGAGCCUUCCCAAGCUCUGUGUGUGGAUGAGGAUUGUUUAUUGCUGCAGCUGGCGGCCCGGUGAAUAACGGCUCCUCGUGACGGGUCGACUGUAACUGGCCGCGGCCCGAAUGGCAGCGCACUCGUCAACAAACGUCCCCCCCCGCUGCUACAGUUCCACGUCUGACGAGAAACAACAAUGACUGCUGUUCACGGUGUCGCCCCGGGUUUAUAAUGAAUUAAAAACCGUGAUUUAAUUUGUGUUUGUUUGUGUAAUUUAAUUUGCUGUUCGGCGUGAUCAAACUUAAGAUUGCAUCAGUCAGAGGCAGCUGCAUCAGUUACACCGUUUUGGCUUUGGGUGUCAGCAAUGGAGGAAUUUAUUUUCUCGAGCAGAUCCCGGCCCAGUGAAGAUCACACUGUUGGCGUCUUUCUUUACUUUUUAGAUGCAUUUUGCUGUGGUCGUUUCCUACUCUCCGUUUGCACCCAAAUCCCCCGUCCCCACAGAGGCCCUUAUGGCACAUCUGCAUUUUCUUAUGUUCGUGGCGGUUUUGUCGUGUCAAAUAAAACCAAAGACAUUGCCCCCGUCUGAGACGUUGCUGUGUAGCGUGCAGCACAACAUGUUUGUGCACAGGCACCUCUCAUGCCUUGCUCCUGGGUUUGGAUCUCUUCAAACAGGGAUGCAAACCGACACACCGGCUCCUGUGUCCAUGUGUGCUGUGAGCCGACUGUGUGGUAAAUUAGUAAGUAACUCGUCCCUUUUGGCUCUCGGGGGCCAAUAACUGAUCCUAUAGCUUUUUUUUUUUUAGUUCCUCUCCGGUUCCCCCUUAAAUGCCCUGACACGCUGAUGCUCCUGAUUUACCACUUCACUGAACCCUAACCAUGACAUUUCCUCUGCUGCCAGGGGUUGUUCCCUCCUGCUUCCCCCUACCUCCGCCCGUCUGUGUCCCUCCGCCUCUUCUCCCUCCUACUUAUUCAGAUUGCUGCUCCUCUCAGUUUGCUAUAUGUCUCAUAGCCUCUCUAAAUAUAACCAAGCGCGUCUACCUCCUCUCCUUCCUCUUCCUCUCUGUGCCUCCUCUUUACUCAGACCUGUGUGAGAACAUUUGAGCGUGCCGACAAUCCGAUCCGACGUGCCUUUACAUAACAAUCCAAUCCACGGCACCUUCUACCUCGUCGGCACCCACAGGUGUGUUUUUCUCAACGUCCAUGAGAGGAAUCACAUUAUUACCAGAUCUGCGACUUGAUUUCUGGUGUUUUGGAUGCAUUAAAAAAAAUUACCACACUACGCGCGGCUUAGCGUAGGGAGGUCAGAUGUGACCUCAGCAUUAUCAUCACAUUCAGACACACACACAGACGCGACCCCAUAUAGUCACAGUGAAACCUUUUUUCCCGAGAGGCAGGCAGCGCUACGACUGUGGUAAAUCCUAAAUAAUAACCGAAAAGAGUUAUGACCCUCGCUGGCAUUAUGCCGUCGCACACCUUCCUCCGCCCUGCCUGGUGAUUUAUCUCUCCCCCGCCCGCCAAUACAGCUCAACAUGAAAAUGUCACAUGUGGUAAAGAGCCGGCCUCAGCCACGGGAGUGAGCUCGUGCGGCAUUAAAGAGGGGGCCGGAUUCAUUAAAGUGUCGGCGUAAAUUUUGAUCCGAAGGUAGUUUGCAGCCCCGAGAGGCAGGAACAGUGGCGAGGGGGGAGGGGGGGUGUAGAGGGAAAAGGAUGGGCCAGAAGGAGGAGCGAUGGCGGGAUCAGGAUGACAGCCCAUAGAAUAAAAGGUAAUGGUUCCCGCGACUGGUGGGGGAAGCUCAAAAGGAAAAUCUGUCAGGGAGAAUGUUUAAAGUAGAGUGCCUUUUACAGAGAAAUGGGAAGCAAGACGGACGGCCCUGGAAUGUAACGGGAUACGUUGGGUGAGUGAGCGGCGCGGCCGUCUUCCAAUCGGAGGGUUGGGCGGUUUGAACCCAGGCCCCAACCUGCAUGUCACUGUGUCCUUGGGCAAGACACUUAACCCCAGCGUUGCUCCUGUAGCUGUGUGAAUGUUAGUCACUGAUGGGCAGGUGCCACUGUGUGUGGUAGAUCCUGUCGUCAGUGUAAUGGGUGUGAAUGAGUGAAUGAUGUCAUGUAGUGUGAGAGCGCUUUGAGUGGUCAGAAGACUAGAAAAGCGCCGUAUGUGAUGACAAAAGUCUUCAAGGUCAAAAAAGACAGUGAAGAUCGAUUACAUGCAAUGGAUAUAAGCUUUUGUUUUUUCUCAGGAUUCAGUCCCCCUCAGCUUAGUAUCUAUUUCUGGGUGAAACAAACGCAGCUCAUCUGUCUACACUGCUGUGAUACAAAAUGGAAUGGAAAUCCUGAGGAAUUCAUCGCCAUCUUCAGCCACGAGAGAAUGAGUCACUGAGAGAAGAGCUGCAAAGAGAAAAGAGUCAUAAAAUCAAAAGGAAAGAAAGGAGAGCAAAAUUGUUCUUUUUUUUAAAACAGAGAGGCCAUUAUGUGGAAGUACGCAGGCCCGUCCCAUACUUUGGUCAUCCAACCUCCCGAGGGCCCAGAGGACAAAGGAAGUAGAGAAGGAGUGUCUGCCAAGAGGACAAGCCAAUAUGAUGGACACAGAAAGGAUGGACAGGCUGCCUCCUCCCCCUCCUUGCUUGUUUUCCGGUAACCUCCCCAGGCCCCAGCCAAGUCUGUCUCACUGGAAAGUUAAAGAGAAAGUAUUUGUAUGCUGCAGAUAUUUAUUUUUUUAUAAACGGGUAAGAUAGACGCUAACCCAAGGACAUCAGAAUUCAUCGCGGUGAUCUUUACUUAAUUUUUACACCUGUUCGUAAUAUUACUACACCUUGAACUGUGAAUAAUAACAAUCUUCGUUGCAAACGAAGUCCUUCGAGAUUUACAGCUGCACACAAACCUAAAAAAAAAAGAAGAAUCUCAUAUGUUCUGUUCUGUGAUGCAACUAGAACUAUACAAAUCUCUCACUGUUGUAAUGAUAUGAAGCAAUGGGGAGAUCUCGUUCCUUGUUGAAGUACUGACACAACUAGGCCUUCACAUCAAACUGCCCAUCGGGAGCCUGUGGAUGUUGUUGGGGGAGCGAGAGAGACCGGAGAAAUGGUGAGCAAAGAGCCCAACCACCUGCUCGCGGGCCAGACCAACGGCAAGAGCGCCUUGGCGGACAAGCUGCCCGGGACGAUGACCGUGCGCUCCGUGCUGCUCAAUCGAGACUCCCCGGACAUCGAGAGCCGCCUCAAGCGCCGCCGCAGCCGCACCCACCAGGUCCGCUUCAAGGACCUGGAGGACGGCAGCAGCAGCAGCGGCAACAGCGGGACGGGAGAAAAGAACAGCCACCAGAGGUCGGGCGCCGAUUGCGACAGCCCGCAUCCCCUCCGCAAACACGGCGGCAGGUCCCCCAAGCCGUGGGCCGACAGGGAUGGCCCGCGGACUCAGAGCCUGCCUGGCUUGACCUCCGUGGUGGGGGCCGUGCGCGGGGACAUGGCGAGUACCAUCGAGGUGGUCGCCGCGUUCUUAGCCAGGGCCCCUCCCCAUCCGUUGACCCCGGGUCCCGCGCGCCGGUGCUGGGCACCGCCGCAGGCCAACUCCCUGACCUUGCCGAUGACGCGCAGGCCCAGCACGAGCACCAGCACGGCCAUCCAGACCUCCCCGUGCCUGAAAAAGCCCCAGCCCCUCUCUUCUGCCCACACACGUAGCCACAGCCUGGGGGACUCGGUGGGCAUGGACGGGGACGACGAACACGACUCUCAAGACGAGUACCUUUCGCACAACCAUCUGUUGGCGUCCGGGUCCAAGGACCUGGGCGGCCCCCCGGGGCCUGCGGAUCGGGUUGUGGUGGAGCGCAGGUCCAAAACCUUCAGGACGGAUGUCAAAUCAGCCGUUAGCGUGGCGAAAAGCUCUCGGCACAGUUGCCCGCCUUCAGUGCUUCGCGGCACCGAGCCGUCUCCCUGUUCCUCCGUUCCAUCCUGUCGAGAUGGCCCCAAGCGCCAGGGGAGCAGCACCCCCUCAGUGGUCAGGAGGCGAAAGCGACUCAAUAGGACGGCGAGUGAUCCUGGGAAGGAAGUGCACUACUGCACCACCCCAACCCAAACCGAAAGGCACAGUCCGUCCCCGCCACCCUCGGGCGCCAAACUCUGUGCCACUCAAUUUCAAACGGAGAGCCCCUCCCCUUCUCGAAGCUCAAAGUAUUGCACCGCCCAAAGUCAAACUGAUAGUCAACAUAAAUCUCCACCUUUGAGUGAAAAACAAUGCACAACUCAAAUUCCAAUCACCAACUCGUGUCCGACGCCACCUCCAAAUGCUGCAAAGUGCACCAAUCCCAUGCAAACAGACUCGCCACGUGAAGCUCCACCAAAUCAUGAACCCUGCACCACCCAGACACGAAUGUGUAGCCCGUGUGCUUCCCCGCCUCCGACUACAUCACUGAGCUCAAUGCAAAUUCAAUCCGAGAGUCCUGUAUCCCCGACUGCGACUACAGAUCCUCCCGCCCCCCACAUAACUACUGUGCCUUACUGUACCUCUCCCCCACCUGCAUGUGCACCAACGCAGACCCCCGAACCCCCGGCUACGCCACGUUGCUCCUCUCCCGCCAAGCCGGCUUGCAUCGCCCCGCCUCCACCCGUACCACCGUCCACUGCGGCGGCUCCCGUCGUUCAGAUCCCGUAUUACACUGUUGUUUCACCACCGACCACCCCCAGCACAGUUGUUGUCUGCUCCAGUCCCUCCUCAACUGCACCACCAUGCCCCGGUCAAAACCGCUCCUCCCCUGCUUCAAGCACAGUGUCCUCGGCUCCCCUCAGCUGCUCCACCCCGACCCCAACUGAAACCCCCAAUAUAACUCCCGUUGACCCCAUCAGACAUCCAACCGCUCCCCCGAGCGUCACCCAUGAACAACCGCGCGGUGCAUCAAACGCCAAACCGUGCACAUUUGUAACUCAAACUGCCCUGUCAUGCACCUCCAUAUCGUAUUACUCUACCACACAUUCGGUUAAUCCCCGUGCCCCUCACUCCAAUUCUACUCCACCUUCUUAUGCCACUCUCAUACAAACUGUGUCUCAUUGCAACAUUCCAUGUCAAGCUCUGCAAAAUACCGCCUCUGCCAACACAGGCAUAGCCCCCUACUCCUCCCCGGUCCCCAAAAUAAAAUCUUGCACUUCUCCGCCUGCACUUGUGAAAACAUACGCGUCCACUCUCCCGAAUGCACAAGCGUGCGCAACACCAACGAAGGCCGUUCCUCUUUACUCCUCCACAUUUCGCGCUGCCCCGCCUUACACGCCGCCCUCUCAGGCGCCCCAUAACGCUCAGGACAAGAGGGGGAUUCGACUUCCGCCUCCGCCCCCGCUGCCCCCACCUUACACGCCGCGCAAAAAGGAAAGCGAUGCGCCGGGCCACGCGAUCCGAACACCCAUUCUCAGGGCAGACGGCAAGGCCGGCAAGAGAGACAAAGGCGGGGAGAGGGAGAAAAAGGAAGACGUGAAAUGCACAGACUCUCCCGGGCUCUGUGAGAGAGCCAGCUCUCUGAAGCACAGAGCUCAAACUCCGCCAGUUGCUGUGAUGAAGGGAGAGAAGCGGCCCUCCUCCUCCUCCUCCUCCUCUCCUGCCAAGGCCUGUUUUAAGUCCAGCUGUCUCAGCUCGGCCCAGGCUCAGCUCGGGGCUCUGCACAAAAUGCUCUGCUCGGGACCCAACGCCAGGGCCGGCGCCCCCGACGGCCAACACCCUGCGAACCAGCAGGGCUGCUCGGGAGCCAGGGGCUGCUCCGCUUCUGGGGAGCGGCCUGCCGCCGGGCCCCUGACCGCCACCCAGGCGGACACGCUGAGGCAGGUCCAGGAAAUUCUGGGAGGGCUGGUGUCGGGCGCCAGGUGCAAACUGGAUCCAGCCAAGGUGACGGAAAAGCUCCUGGGCCCCAACGGACCCCUGCACGACAUUCGGAACUUGCAGACUCAGCUGCAGAGCCUGGAGGGGGUCCUGGAGACCAGCCAGAACACCAUUAAGGUCCUCCUGGACGUCAUUCAAGACCUUGAGAAGAAGGAGGCAGAAAGAGACGGAAGACAUUCAUACAGAACCGGACAGGACAUUGAGAACUGCGGGACCUGCAGGGACUGCGCCUGCAUCAUCUAUAGUGUGGAGCACGACUUCCGUCUGCAGGAGGGGCAGGUGGUGCGCACGUGGAAGGUGGGCGACCCCCCCGAGGGCUCGCCGCAGACGCCGACCCCCCAGCCCUCCACGCCCCACCAACAAGACUCCCCUCAGCCGGUGCGGCCCCCUGCCGCCGCCAGGAAGAACAGGAAGAAGUGCUUCUGGUUCCUCUGAGAGAGUUGCGGGGCGGACCGGAGGGAAAGACGUUUUCCCAGAUGUCCACAAUGCACUGCAGGCGACGAGCUACGACGACCACGGGUUGAGCCGGAGGAUUGAAAUGCGUCAAAAUGCAAGCGUGGAACCGUGGGAGGAGAGCUGGGUGCAAAGGUCGUGGCCGUGUAGCUGUCGGAGUCGAUGAGGAGGGUUUCGACCGGGGCGCAAAUGUUGUUUGUGCCCUUGAAAUGCCUCUUCAGCACUUGCAAGGUUGGUACUGGCGCAGGGAGUAAAAAUAAAAGCAAAAGUUCAGUCCACAAUAUGAGUCACAGAAGCAUUUAGGAGACCUGAAGAGCAUCUAUAGUGUGUGGAACGGGAUGAGGGUCACCGUACAAGAGGCAAUACAGCAGAAAGGAUAUUUAUAACAGAUCAAAUGAAUAAAGUUUAUAGGCAAAGAGAGAAAAAUACAGAGGAUUCAUCUUCAUCAAUGGACUAAUGAGGGUCAGAACACCAGCUUUUAUAUCCAAAUACAUUUAAAAAGUAAAAUUAUUAUGAUCUGUAUUUAAAACUUUUAAUAUACUGUAAUUGACAACAAACUACACCAUCUACAUGUACAUACAGCACACCCACAAUUGCAUAGAUAAACAGAUAAAGUGACAUAUGUACAUAAAAGGCGUGUGUAACCUGAGGCAUUGAGUGAGUUGAGCUACUCUGCUUGGAUGCUAUAUUUCAGAUAUGGAUUACAGCUCUAUAAAAGUAUUUUACCACA